UUGGAAGCAGACGGACAAGAAAGCAAGCGGAAGAUUUCUAAACGCACGCGGCACAUUUAUUCUGAAACGCUGAGACAGGAAAGCGGACGGAAGUGAACCUGAGCGCCAAUUUCCCUCGGCUGAGGAACUCAAGUUCGGUAACAGAAGAUAGUUUGUAGUGUGUUAGCGGCUAAGCUAGGCUACAACACAGAGUUUUCGGGUCUAAGUAUUAGCCGUGAGCGUCUAUUUGAAGAUCAGUAAUGGACGGAGAUCUGGAAGAUGGAGAGAUUUCCAGCUCUGGUUCGGAUUCCGAGAUGAAGAUCGCCACAGCGUCGGGAGCAGUUCGAGCCGCGCAACCUCCAGCCUUUAGCGGUCAGUCUUUCCAGCACAGAGCUGCCACUUUGCCACCUGCCGUUCCUUACAGGAACUCCGGCAGGCCGGCAGAGUCCAGUGACAGCGACCUGGACUCGUCGGACGAGGAAGGCGCCGCUUGGCGCAGCAAACGCCAGAAAGUAGCCAACAUUCGCCAACCGGUGCCGAUCGUCGCCCGGCCGCGCCCCCGGAAGGUGAACAACAUUUGGGGGUCCGUAGUGCAGGAGCAAUGCCAGGAUGCGGUCGCCGCGGAACUUUGCGUCUUCGGCAUGGACGGUGAGGUUUCCAUGUCGGACAGAAACGUGGAGACGUACAACUACGUCCUGGCUCAGAAGAUCAUGGAGAAGGAGCGGCAGAUGGAGAAGCUGCAAAAAGAUGAAGGGGAAGUGAAAAUGGUGGAUGAGCAGUCCGAGGACUGCGCGAGGGGCCACGGGUCGGAGAGAGCGGGGGGUGACGCGAAAAGGAAAAGGCCGGUGAAAGAAAGACUGGGUCCCUUAGCUGAGAUGGACGUCAAAGGCCGGUACGAGAUCACCCAAGAUGACCCAGAGGACAAAGUCGUGGACGAGAUCGUGUACAGGCUGCGAGAACCGAAAAAAGACCUGAUCGAACGCAUCGUGAGAGUCCUCGGGACCAAAAAAGCCAUCGAACUGCUGGGCGAGACGGCCACGCUGGAGGAGAGCGGCGGCGUCUACACCCUGGACGGCAGCAGGCGCCGCACGCCCGGCGGGGUCUACCUCAACUUGUUAAAGAACACGCCCAGCGUCUCCCGGGCGCAGACCAGGGAGAUCUUCUUGGCCGAGAACCAGAAGGAGCUGAAGAGCAAGAAGGCGGCGCAGAAGCGGCGGCACCACCUGAUUGCCAAAAAGAUGAAGCAGGCCAUCGGCACGCUCAACCUGCAGGAGCACGACGACGUCUCCAGGGAGACGUUCGCCAGCGACACCAACGAGGCCUUGGAGUCGCUGGAGGAGGCCGCCAAGGGGGAGGAGGCGGAGGAGGAGGAUGCCCGGGUGGGAGAGCAGGCCGGAGGUACGGAGGACACGCCGGUGGUGUACAGUUCGGGAGACUUGGAGGUCUUCUGAGAAUGUUUAGACCGGGGGGUCUGGGAAUUUAGCCGGCUGUUGGAAAACCUACAAAAAUCUUUUCUUUUUAACACACGAUUUAUGUCUAACAUAAUGCCUCACUUUUAUGUGAUUGCUUGUGUGUUAUUAACGUUGUGCUACAGAAAAUGGACGGCUGUGUUUGAUUAAAAAAAAAAAAAAAUACAGUAAAUCACUGCGCAAGUAAUCCUGACUGAAUCUAGCAUGUUAUUUUUUUUUCAGGAAUGUUGGUCAUAUCUUUGUUAUUACUGCAUUAUUACAACGUUAUUACUGCACAGACACUGUUGUCUUGCAGACUCCAUUUGUUUUGCUUGAUUUGUGUGACUUCUUUCUCAAAUAAAUAAAGAUGGGGAAACACU